UCCAUAUCUAUGUAUGCUGAUGUAUGCAUAUGUUGACCAUAACAUUACACAGUUGUUUCUAGCCUUAAAAUUAUUACUUGAAGAAGUCUACAAUUAUUGUUUGUUUACAGUAAAAGAACAUGUACAAUUGAAUUAUCGUCAAUUAAAGUUAAUAAGUCAACCCAAUGGUUGUUUCCUGUGAAAACCAACUCGGUUGCUUGAAAAUGGCUGAUCAGCAUUAUAUAUUUAAUGAAGAAGACUUACCUUACGAGGAAGAAAUACUUCGGAAUCCAUACUCCGUCAAACAUUGGCAGCGAUACAUUGACCACUUGAAAAAUACAAAUAGUCCAAAUUUAAAUGUAGUUUAUGAACGUGCUCUCAAAGAACUACCUGGAAGUUAUAAACUAUGGUACCAAUAUUUGAAGCAUAGGGUAAAUCAAGUGAAAGAUCGUUGUAUCACAGAUCCUCUGUAUGAAGUUGUCAAUAAUGCUUUUGAAAGAGCCCUUGUAUUUAUGCAUAAAAUGCCUCGCAUAUGGAUAGAAUAUUGUACUCUAAUGGCUGAUCAAGGAUGCAUUACUCGUACUCGUCACAUCUUUGAUCGUUCCCUCAGAGCGCUUCCAAUUACACAGCAUCAUAGAAUAUGGCCAUUAUACAUAGAAUUUGUAAAAAAACAUAAUGUGCAUGAAACUGCAAUUAGAGUAUUUAGAAGAUAUUUGAAGCUUGCACCAGAAGAAACCGAAGAGUAUAUUGAAUAUUUAAUUUCAAUUGAUAGGCUAGAUGAAGCAGCAGUGAAACUUGCUUUUAUUGUUAAUGAAGAAGACUUUGUAUCGAAACAUGGAAAGUCCAAGCAUCAGUUAUGGAAUGAACUUUGUGAGUUGAUUUCUAAAAAUCCUACAAAAAUAAAAUCUCUUAAUGUUGAUGCUAUUAUCAGAGGAGGAUUGAGACGAUAUACAGACCAAGCUGGACCUCUUUGGAAUGCUCUAGCUGAUUACUAUGUUCGUAGUGGUCUUUUUGAAAGGGCAAGAGACAUUUAUGAAGAGGCCAUUCAAACAGUUACAACAGUGAGAGAUUUUUCUCAAGUUUUUGAUGCUUAUGCACAAUUUGAAGAAUUAAGUCUGAAAAAGCGAAUGGAUGAAGCUGCAGCAGAUCCUAAAGAAGAUGAUGACAUAGAUUUAGAAUUACGUUUGGCAAGAUUUGAGUAUUUGAUGGAGAGGCGGUUAUUGUUGUUGAAUUCAGUGUCAUUGAGACAAAAUCCUCAUAAUGUUGUAGACUGGCACACAAGAGUUGAGUUAUAUGAGGGUCAACCUCAUGAGAUUAUUAACACAUAUACAGAAGCUGUUCAAACAGUACAGCCACAUUUAGCUGUGGGAAAAUUGCAUAGCUUGUGGGUGGCAUUUGCAAAGUUCUAUGAGAAAAAUGAUCAAAUAGCAGAUGCCAGAACUGUAUUUGAAAAAGCAGUUUUAGUACCUUAUCUGAAAGUAGAUGAUUUAGCUCAGGUUUGGUGUGAGUGGGCAGAAAUGGAAAUUAGACAUGAAAACUUUACAGAAGCAUUGAGACUUAUGCACCGAGCCACUGCAAUGCCAUCGCGAAAAGUUGCUUAUCACGAUGAAACUGAAUCUGUUCAAAUGAGAGUAUAUAAAUCAUUAAAAGUUUGGAGUUUAUAUGCUGACCUUGAAGAGAGUAGAGGCACCUUUAAGACUGCUAAAGCUGUGUAUGAUAAAAUAAUCGAUUUGAAGAUUGCAACGCCUCAAAUUAUUAUCAAUUAUGGCUUGUUUUUGGAAGAAAAUAACUAUUUCGAAGAAGCGUUUCGGGCGUAUGAAAAAGGCAUUGCGUUAUUUAAGUGGCCCAACGUUUUUGAUAUUUGGAACACAUAUCUAACAAAGUUUUUGCAACGAUAUGGUGGAUCGAAAUUGGAGAGAACUCGUGAUCUAUUUGAACAAUGUCUUGAAAAUUGUCCGCCCAAAUAUGCCAAAGCAUUGUACCUCCUAUACGCUAAAUUGGAAGAGGACCACGGUCUGGCUAGGCACGCAAUGGCUGUGUAUCAACGUGCAACAAAUGCAGUUUUACCAGAAGAACGUUUUGAAAUGUUCAAUAUUUAUAUUAAGAAAGCCGCCGAAAUUUACGGUGUUAUCAAGACGAGACAGAUUUACGAGAAAGCAAUAGAAGUUCUCAAUGAGGAUAGCACUCGCGAAAUGUGUCUGCGCUUCGCGGAGAUGGAAACAAAGCUAGGUGAAAUCGAUCGCGCGAGGGCUAUCUACGUGCAUUGUUCUCAAAUUAGUGAUCCUAGAGUGACUAAUAAGUUUUGGCAAAUAUGGAAGGAGUUCGAAGUGAGCCAUGGUAACGAAGAUACAAUGCGAGAAAUGUUAAGAAUAAAGCGAAGUGUCCAAGCAAUGUACAAUACGCAAGUCAAUAUGAUGAGUGCUCAAAUGUUGAAUAGCUCUAUUAGUCAGGCGCAAGAUCCGAUAGAUGCUAUGAAAAUUCUCGAUAGCAAAGCUGGAGAAGCAAUACCAAAUGAUGUCAUCCGCCCAACUCAAACAAUCAAUUUUGUACGGGGAGUCACCGAAGGAGGGGCAAAAACAGACGGACGCGUUGUUAAUCCGGAUGAGAUUGAUAUCGAUAUGGAUAUUGACAACGAAGACAAUGAAAACGCAAGUGAAAAUGGUGAAGACAUAGAAGAAGAUGUUCCGGUUGAAAAACAGCUCAUACCCAACCAAGUGUUUGGAGGAUUGAAAAAUGACGAGGAAGAUUAAUAGAAGAAUUUGUUAAUAGAUGUAAAUGCAUUAAUAUAAUUUUAUAAUACAAC